UAUACGUCUGACGGUGAUGCAGGGCCACUGUCAGAAGGAGUACGAUGACUCCAUCGUGGGAUUCUUGUAGGAGGAGAGCAAAGCAUCAUCGAUCGAUCCAUUUGAGUAGUUCAGUUCCACUGCGGGCGGGCACGACAACGGGGUCUUCCAGAAAGGGUAAGACCGCCAUGCGGGGAGUUGUGCUUAGUUGAUUCAAUCCAUGACUCAGCCCUGCCUGGAUAAGUCAUACCGUCGGCAGUUCGGAGCGAUCAUCGGCCUGAGGCCGCGGAUAUCCGACGGUUCGGCAACGAUUCCGAUAACGUCACUCCGUCGGAUGAAGAACGACGAACGACGAACGACGAACGACGAACACAAUUGCGACUUGUGAGAUGCGAGAUGAGACAGGGAAGGAAGUCAAGAGGUUGCCAGGUAGCGAUCUCUCGCCUCUCGUCGUAAAGCGUAGACGUAACGAUAGGCGGAAUGAUGUGGGGUAAAGGAACCAGAAUUAUUAAUGAUAGUAAACACGACCUUUCGAGAUCAUGACAGAAACAAGCAACUGAUCGGAAUUAAGCCGC